AAAGGAGGCGGAUACGGAGCGGUGGAGGUGGAGGAGUGGGCGGGCAUGGAGAAGACCCUCAACCCUCGUGGGUCUGGAGGAUUUGGAGGAGUCAGCUGAGUCCCCGUCGUGAUUUUCCAUGUGGACGGUGACAGCUCCGCGCUGACAACUCACACAACUCAGGAUUUGCCGUUGGCUCCCCCCAAACGAAGACCACUGAAGGUGAAUGUGUAGCACUGGUUGCCUGGGGAGCCUCAGAAGAGCAUGGCUAUAGCUGGAUGCCCAGACUACUUCCUCCACCACCCAAACUACCAGGAUAACGUUGACCACACGUCCUCUCAUGGAUCGCCUGGUCUUAUUCGCUUCCAGCAACCGUCCAAUCACAGCACCCCUAAUCACCCAGAUGAUGAUGUAGAUUUGGAGGCUUUGGUGAAUGACAUGACCUCCCUCUCGCCCUAUGAGAGCCUCUACUCCAUGUGCAAAACCCAGCACUCUGACUCCACCCCGCUCCUGCACAAUGGCCACGGCAACGGUUUCCAGGGCAACAGAGCACCUCACCCCCUGCGUCCUCCGAGCAGCCGGGCGGCCGCCCCUCACUCCCCCGCCCAGAACGUCCGCCGCUCACAACCCAUGCACAUACUGGCUGUUAGGCGUCUGCAGGAGGAGGAGCAGCAAGUGCGGCCAGCAUCUCUGCCGGCCAUCCCCAACCCAUUCCCCGAACUGUGUAGUCCAGCAGGAUCACCAACACUCAGCCCAGCAUCUCUGCCACAACCUACAGAUGCACACAUUAUCAAAGUUUUCAGUGAGGAUGGUGUUGGAAAGGUGGUGGAAGUUCCUGCUGAUAUGACGGCCAGAGACGUGUGUCAGCUCCUGGUGUAUAAGAGCCACUGUCUGGAUGACAACUGCUGGACUUUGGUGGAGCAUCAUCCGUUGUUUGGACUUGAGAGGUGUUUGGAGGACCAUGAGCUGGUGGUUCAGGUGCAGGCCUGCAUGCCUCCAGAGAGCAAGUUCCUCUUCAGAAAGAACUAUGCCAAGUACGAGUUCUUCAGAAACCCAUUGAAUUUCUUCCCAGAGCAGAUGGUAGCAUGGUGUCAGGAGUCCAAUGUCACAAUCCCACCAUCUCAGCUUCUGCAGAAUUUCCUAAAUUCCAGCCGCUGCCCGGAGAUCCAGGGCUUCCUCUACAUGAAGGAGACAGGCCGAAAGUCCUGGAAGAAGCUUUACAUGUUUCUGCGGCGCUCCGGCCUCUACUACUCCACAAAAGGAACGUCCAAGGAGCCCAGGCAUUUGCAGUUGAUAUCCGACUUGGAGGAGAGUAACGUGUUCACCGUGACAACUGGCAGGAAAAUGUACAACGCUCCAGCAGACUACCAGUUCUGCAUUAAGCCCAGUAAAAGCAGGACUGACGUGAAGGAGUUGAAGAUGCUUUGUGCUGAUGAUGAGCAGAGCAGAACGUGCUGGAUGACUGCCUUCAGAGUGCUUAAGUAUGGAAUUCUGCUCUACCAGAACUACAAGAUCCCUCACCAGAGAAAGUCGGGCAACUCGAACUUCACUACACCCGUGCGGAGUGUGUCCGAGAAUUCUCUGGUUGCCAUGGACUUCUCGGGAAGGACAGGCCGUGUGAUUGACAAUCCUGAGGAGGCAAUGAGUGCAGCAAUGGAGGAGGGACACAACUGGAGAAAGCGGAGUCAGAGAAUGAAUGCAUUGGGCAACCCUAGUCCACUGCAUCCCUCCUCUUUAAGUUCAGUGAUCCACCGGACACAACUGUGGUUCCACGGUCGCAUCAUGAGAGAAGAGUCCCACCGUAUGAUCAUGCAGCAGGGUCAAGUGGAUGGGUUGUUCCUUUUGCGGGAUAGUCAGAGCAACCCGAAGGCUUUUGUACUCACACUGUGCCAUCAUCAGAAGAUCAGACACUUCCAAAUCUUACCUCAUGAAGAGGACGGUCAGAUUUUCUUCAGCCUUGACGAUGGCUCCACCAAGUUCACAGACCUGAUCCACCUGGUGGAGUUCUACCAGCUCAACAGAGGAGUCUUGCCCUGCAAACUCAAACACCCCUGUACCAUGGUGGCCUUAUGACCCCUCACCCACUCGUGACCCAACAAAUUAACUUACACCACACACAAACACAUCUCUACAUACACAUGGCUGAGAAACUGGAUUUUUUUUUUUGGCCCUGUCCCACAUCAGUGAUAAGCUGACUCAUACCUCAGACCUGGAGGACGCUUUCGGUUUUGUUUUUUUUUUCAUAUUUUGGCUCUGGGAAUCGAUGCAGAACUGCUGCGAAUGAUCUUCUGACAAGCACACACUUUCUGGAAGUCCCCCCUCCUUCCAGUUUCUAUGACACUGCCACUUAGGUCCUCGUUUUCUGAGACGGUGUCAGUCACCUCGAUGCUAUCAUUCAGGACUUCUACAGUUGCAAAAAAAAUCUUGUAAAAUUACUUGAUUACAUUUGGUUUGUAGCUGUGGUGUUGAUGUUUUCAUACCUGUGCAACAUUUUGCACUCUCAAGCUGAAAACAGGUGCCCCACUUUUUUGACCGGUAAAAUGACCCUCUUUGUCCGUCCUUGCACUCUUGCCGUCCCUUCUGUUUCUCCGUGUCCCUUGGUAAGCUCUCUAUGGGGAAUCCUUGCAUGUUGAUUGGAUUACAGCACAGGACAUCCACAGAGCCAUGACAGAGCUUUCUGUUGCCAAGGUUAUACCUGGCGGCCGACACGCUAGCAAAAUUGUGGAUCAGCAAACUGACACAUCUCUCAUCUGCUUCAUUGUGCUGAGUAUAAGUAGUUCUUCACCCAGUUCUCUUUGCCUUAAGAGAGAAUGGAGAUAUGAGGGCAUUGGGCUAAGGCUGCAGUAACUCAGCUCUGAUCAGUUCUUUCAGUCCAGAGGCAGAGGCUGCUCAGCGACAGUCCAGGUCACUUGCGCAUUUGGCUGGAACAAUUAGAAUCUGAGUCUUUGUUGACACACAUUAAAUCAGUAAAGUCAGGAGGACAAAAAUGGUUUACUUUUAAUUAAAAGUGCAAUAUUGUUUAAGUAUAGCCUAUGGGGGGCCGUAGAAACUUGACCCAGGCCAUAUGUGGCCACAAAAGAAAAAACAAAACUUGACCCAUGCUCAACUUCUUGAGGUUGGCUGCCCAGAGCACAAUCACUGAGAUUAAUGAUUUAGCCCCUAAAUAUGUAGCAGUCUUUAUUUAAUUUCUGUACAAUCCUGGAUAUCAGUGUUUUCCAACAACAGUCCUGGAAGCCCACCAGCCCUGCAUGUUUUUCUCUGUUCUAACACACUUGAUUCUCCUCAAGAACGACCUAUGAAUGCACAAUAUAUCUUUGGUUUAUUGUUAUUGUGAUAUUGGCCUUUGCAGUACGAUAUUGUAGAAGGUUGUAAUAUGCAAAUGUACUAUCAAGUUAGUAAUGGCUUUGUUUGCUUUUAACAGCCUCAGAGGUUUCAGAUGAGUUUCUGUGGGUGAUUAAAUGAAUCAGGAUAUCCAGACAAACGUCAUUAGUCAUUUCACAUCACCCUAAUGUGUUAUAAUACAUAAUAUAUAAGGCAUUUUUGGGGCUGGGCCAUCAUUCCUAUAAUAAUAUUUAAAGUGCUUUUUGUUGUCCAUCUUAUGGAACAGACAUACUUGCCUUUUAAUCAGUGUUUCAGUUCACAAAGGCGGUACGGCUAUUCCGACCUUUUUAUUUAUUUUUUUAAUCACGAGCAUAUUGUUUUUCCACUUGAACACGAGUGAAGCAUAAGCUUCCUAUCAAUCUAGUCAAAUCACACAUUCCUGCUUUUCAUGGAGUCCUAAACUAUAUUUAAAAUAAUUUACUAAAUUAUCUUUGUGGCCUAGUUGUCGCAGAGCAGCUACUGCGCUGUACUAAUCCUGUGUGGAGGUUAAACGUCAUAGAUAAAGUGGUAAAACUGGUGAUUUUGUCAAAAUAACCAAGUUUUAAGCCUGCUGUACAACUGUUUGAUUAGAAAAUAAAGGGAGAUAAGAGUAAAUAUUCCCACCUGAAGUGGUUACACACCUAAGGUUGGAGACGAUGUGGACUGGACGCAUGGUUGCUUGCCAUGUGCAGUUUGUAGCACUCUGAGGCGAGGUGACCGGGAUGCCUGAUAUAAAUUUAUAAUGCAUUCAAAUUAACCAGAUAUAAUUUAUUUACUUAUAACAUUUUUCAUAUAUUAACAGUAAGAAAGGCCAUUACUGAUGAAAUGUAUCAUAUUAAAGCAACAACUUUGGUGGCUUAAAAAAAGAUGAAGCUUCCAAAUACUUAAUACUUGUACGUGAAACAAAUACCAACCAAAUAAACAAAUACUAAAGACUCCAAAUGAUUUGGGCAAGCUCUGCAUAUUUCACUUGCCGUAUAUAGUAAUUAGGGAUUCAACAAAAUAAAUGCGAUUAAUCACAAUUUUGUGUAGUUAAUCACGAAUAAUCGUAUUUGUGUUUGGUCAGAUUGAACCCUAAAGAAAGAUUGUUUUCCCUUUAUAAAGCAGUGCAUUUUGUCAUAGCUGUAUGAGUGGACAAGAUAUAUUUUUUGUUUCACUGGCAUUAUUUUUAUCAUGUACACGCAGAGUUCAGUCUGAACAUCCAAAUCCAAAUUUCAUCACCAACAUCCACUGAAAGCAACACUGGCUGCAUGUUCCAACCAGUGAAUGUAUAUCAUGUAUCACAUAGCCCGUACAGUCAAUGGUAGCCUGUACAGUCAACUCCUCCACGACUGCAGACUUCCAGCUCUCUUAGCCUUACGUUAUGUCUUAUGAGAAGAACUGCAGCUUUUCCAUUUUGCUGUUGCUUUUGUUAAUUUGCUGCUUAUCCAUUGGUCUCCCGCAAGCACUCUUCAGUGCAGUCUCCUGAGGCGUCCUCCAGUGCUGCUGUUACUGAUAUUACUGACAUUGCCAGUAUCAGCUCUGUUUUACUUAAUUAAGAUGAGUCAUAGUUCACUGAUCAGUUCACAGCAUGACAGUAGCUGGAAACAACUUUGGUUUUGUCGAGAGAAACAUCAGUGGAACUUCUUGCCCUUUUAAAUGUUACAGAGAGCUACAGUCAUGGAGUCAUACCUACAUAGUCUGCAGCUGGGCUUCACUGUUAAACUGUGGAUGAUUACAAGGGUCAAACUAGGAAAAAGCGUUAACAGCGUUAAUAAUUUACCACAUUAAUGCGUUACUGAUGCGUUAACUUUAACACCACUACUAGCAAUAUGAUUGCAAUAUGAUGUUCUUAUUUAUAUUGUGGGCCUUAGAAGCACUUGAUCAUUAGCCUGUUUAUAAUUAAGGUUAAGGAGCAAAUGGUGCAGUGCUGGGGGUUCUACAGGACUGGGGUUGGAAAACACUUUGGAAUAGCUAUAAUUAAGAAUUGCCUUUACAUCACUGUGAUGUCCUUGAGCCACAACAACACCUGAGAGGUGGCAGAGCUGGAGAAAGAGAACAUCUACACACACAUACACACACACACACACACACACACAC